CCAAUUGGUUGGAAGUAGUCGCCCUCACAAACAUAAAGACAAUCGAUCGCAAAAAGCGUCAAUAGUAAGCAGUUGCUGAUUCCCUUCUUUUCUGUCAGAUAUUGUUCUCCUUGGCUGCUGUAGGUGAUCACAUCUCUGAUUAAUAACAUGAGUCUUGGUGUCCCUUCUCUGGGUUCCGUUGGCAGAACUGCAAGAAGGGCACUCCAGUUUGGAAAGACAUAUGUGGUAAAACCGAAAAGCAAACACUUGGCAACCAUUGUCUGGAUGCAUGGGCUUGGUGACAAUGGAUCGAGUUGGGCCCAGCUCUUGGAAACUCUUCCUCUUCCGAAUAUCAAAUGGAUAUGUCCUACUUCUCCUACUCAGCCCUUGACUUUAUUUGGCGGGUUUCCUUCAAAUGCAUGGUUUGAUAUAGGUGAUCUCUCUGAAACUGAAAGCCAUGACAUAGAGGGACUUGAUGCCACGGCUGCACAUGUUUUGAGUCUACUCUCGACUGAACCUGCGGAUGUCAAAUUUGGUGUAGGAGGGUUCAGUAUGGGUGCGGCAGCUGCUCUAUACUGUGCAAGUUGUUUUGUUCAUGGAAAACUUGGGAAUGGUGAUGCUUUCUCUACCCAUUUGGAUGCAGUUGUUGGCCUUAGUGGCUGGCUUCCAUGUGCAAAUGACCUUAGUAACAAGGUAGAAGGGGCUGAAGCUGCAAGCCGGGCUUCAUCCUUGCCCAUUUUGCACUGUCAUGGAAAAGUUGAUGAUGUGGUUCUGUUUCGUUAUGGUGACAAAUCCGCAGAGAAACUAACUUCAUGUGGCUUUCGUAACUUUACCUUUAAAGUCUACGACUCGCUUGGCCAUUAUACGAUGCCUGAUGAGAUGGAGGAUGUUUGUUCAUGGCUAACUUCAAAAUUAGAUCUCAAGAGUGAUAAAUAAGUGCAUUGAUUGGAACAAACAGCAGCAGAAGUUGGCAAAUUCAAUCAAAUGAUAACUUGUAAUGUGAAAUAUGAAAUUUGUGAAAGUUAACACAUGUUUACUGUGAAAGAUACAGACCACAGAUCUGCAUAUUGCAUCUGUGUAUCUACUAUUCGCUGGUUCCCAUUGGUUGCUUUGGUUUAUGAAUUUAUGUUGUGUGUGCCGCAA